AUGGAUUCAACACGCACCAAAGCACAAAACUCAGCUGGUCAACCAAGAAGUCCUCCUAAUGUGCCGCAGCCGAUAGAAAUUGACACAUCGUCUCAUUUUGCGACUGAUAGGGAAGAGAACGACAGAGAUGAGUUGAUCAAAUGGGCUCGAAGCGUGUCGCAAAGUUUAAGGUUCGCAAUUAUAGUUAGGCGAUCCGAUUCGGGCGAGAAGAGAAAGGCUCAAUUGGUGUUAGAGUGUGAACGUAGUGGGAAGUAUGUUCCAGCCAAGAAGAAGUUGAAAUCCGAUACCUCCGGAACAAGAAAAUGCGAAUGUCCUUUCCGACUCCGUGGGUAUUACAACAAGGCAACAAAACUAUGGCGUUUGACUGUUGUCAACGGUAUGCAUAACCACGAGUUGGACAAAGGGCUUGAAGGGCAUCUCGUGGCGGGGCGUUUGAAACCACAAGAGAAGGAUUUUAUGGACGAGAUGACAAGGAAUGCGGUGGCUCCAAAAAACAUAUUGUCCACUUUAAAGGAGAGAGAUCCGGAAAACAAGACCUCUGCAAAGCAAGUGUACAACGCUCGUCAUAGGUACAGAGUUAAAAUGAGGGCGUCCAUGACUGAGAUGCAACACUUAUGCAAGAAGCUUGAUGAUAACAAGUACUACUACAAGUAUCGGACGGUUGUUGAAAAUGGAGUAGAACAUCUUCAAGAUAUAUUCUUUGCACAUCCGAGGUCCAUAACUUUAUUCAACUCUUUUCAUACUGUGCUGAUGAUGGACUCCACAUACAAAACCAGCAAGUACAAAAUGCCGCUGUUUGAGAUAGUCGGAUUCACUUCGACCGAGAAGACAUUCAACGUUGCUUUUGCCUGGCUCAGUAACGAAAAGGAAGACAACUUUAUAUGGGCUCUGCAACAACUACGUUGUUUGUUAAGGCGUGAGACAAAUUUGCCGAAGGUUAUCUUGACGGAUCGAGAUUUAGCUUUGAUGAAUGCUAUUCCGGCUGUGUUUCCAGAAGCGGCGGCGUUGGUUUGUCGGUUCCAUGUUAAGAAGAAUGUGAGGACCAAGGCAGUCGAGCUGGUCAAGGUGAGGGAUGGGGAAAAGGUCAAGGCGGCGGACAUGAGGGAAAGAGUCUGUUUGGCGUUCGAGGAUGUGUUAGAUUCGUCUACUGAGGCCGAGUAUACUGAAAAUGUUAUGGCUUUUAGGAAGUUAUGUGAGAGGUGGCCAAAAUUUGUUCGAUACGUUGAAGAGACAAUUUUGGACACCGACAAAGAGAAGCUCGUGAGUGCAUGGGUGGACAAGCAUAUGCACAUGGGCAACCAUACGACAAAUAGAGCCGAAAGCGCACACGGUGUUUUGAAAAGUUACUUGACCGACAGUCUCGGUGAUUUGGUGAAGGGUUGGGAAUCGAUCCACAGAAUGUUAGGCAAUCAAUUCACCCAAGUGCAAACUGAAUUUGGCCAGAACAUGUCUGUGUAUGGACACACAUACCGGAAGAAAACACUUUACUCGACUUUGAUGUUUAAAAUCUCUAGACGUGCAAUGAGAUACAUCCACACUGAAUCAAAAAGAGUCGAGUUUACUGGUAUGGAUAGCAUGAAGUGUGGUUGUCUGAUGAGGACUAACUACGGGCUGCCAUGUGCGUGUUUGAUUGCCAAGAAACUGCACCACAAUAGGCCUAUUAGACUCGAUGAGGUUUACAAACAUUGGAAGAUAAUUUGUUUCAGAGAUGAAGAAGUUGGUGGUGACGUCGAGGACGAUUAUGCGUGCACGGCAGAGUGGCAAGCAAUUCAGGAACGAUUGAGGACAGCUGAUGUAAGCAUGAAAAAUGAGAUCCGAGAUCAACUCCGCAAGAUUGCGUAUCCUACAACCACCGAUGUGGAGCCUCCGAACACAAAUGUAAAAUCAAAAGGGGCUAAAAAGAAAAAGGUGGUCCGUGGAACAAGAUCCACCAGCAGAGAUAAGUCUCGAUGGGAGCAUGUUGAAGAAUAUUUCACGGAGACACAAGCGUCGCAAUCGUCAAAGCCGUCUCCGUCAAUUCCAUCCCACUCAAGGCCAUCAUCAUCACAACCUACCGCAUCAAACCCUAUGCCUACGGUGUCUGAAGCUCCGCUCACUGUGUCCAACCCAUUGCCACUAACCUCAUCAUCUCAAAUUUUUGGAAUUAACCACAUGCCAAAAUUCAUGCAUCCCUUCAUUGAAGAUAUCAUCAACGUGGACGGCGACGGCUAUUGUGGUUACCGUGCCGUUGCAUUGGCUCAGAGAGGCAACGAAGAUGAUUUUGAACUGAUACGGUGCAACAUGAGCAGGGAGUUGCGAUUGAAUAAGGAUAUGUAUGUUGCUAUAUUUGGUUGCGAGGAGCGUUACCAAUAUAUCUGUGAUGCACUACUCCCACCCCCGAGGACGAGACAACGUACUAGUAUUAGGAAUAGUGUUGCACCGAUGGAUAAAUGGUUCACGUUGCCGGAUUUGGGACAUAUCGUGGCCACCAUAUUGGAUAGAGUAGUUGUUCAGCUCUCCAUACUUCAAAACGGCCCUUGUGAAACUUUUUUCCCAUUGCGUUCCAUUCCGUCACCAAACCCGUCUUCAAGGGUUAUUUGCCUUGGCGCGUUACCGGAUCACUAUGUUUUGGUAAUGCUUAAAGUUGGGUGUCCGAUACCCAAAUCAAACAAGUCGUGGAAGCAAUAUUGUGCUAAACAAAGUUUGGGUUGGGAAGAUUCAUUCAUAGCUGCGCAACAUAGGUUCGAGGAGAUGAUGAGCACCGAGAACGUUGUCCCCAUCCAAAUAGUUGGUGCAGGCAGUAGAGAAACUCCAUUGGUGAUUGACUGA